CCGAUCGUGCGCACUUUUGUGGUGUACUUGAGUGGUGCAUUCGACAACAUCACUGUUAGCAAACAUGUUUAUUAUGUUGAAUACAUUUAAUUUGCUUUUAAAUUAUUCUUCCCGAAAUGUUUAUUCUAAAGAAAAGACUUUAUUAAAGAGAUAGAAUACGAAUAUCGAUUCUUAAAUGUAUCAUAAGUUAAUAUUUCUGAAUUUUUGUUGGAUUGAUCAAUGGGUAUUUCCCUGCUACGUGAUCUGAACAUUAUUAACGUAAUGGAGCAAUAAGCAGUUUUACUCACUGAAGUUAGCUAUUUCUGAUUAGUGACAAAUGAUCAGAAAAUAUCCAAAAUUUGGAAAAUCUCCUCUGGUGAAACGCUGUAAAAAUAUGAAAAUCCUCAAAGUACUAUGCGAAAGCUGUUUCAACCACUCUUGAAUGUGAAGUUUCUUGACAUACUUGUUUGAUUAAUGUAUACAAAUUAUAUUAAUACUUGGAAAAUGAAUCCUAAUCUUGGAAGCAAGUUGUCAGUAAAAGAAAGAACUGAAUUGGAAAAAUAUAUAAAAUUUCUUGUCUUUAAAAUGUCCCAAGUAAUAGUUCAGUCUCGCUUUGGUGAGAAAUGUCAUACUCGUCGUAGUCGAAGUUCUCCUCUUCAUGAUUGGUUUAACUUAGCCAUAGAAGAUAAUGCCGAAAUUCAAGCUAAAGCAAAAGAAGCUGUAAGUAAAGUACAGCUUUUGAAAGAUUUUUGCAUUUGUACAGAAAUCCUGUUGAAGACAGCUGAUGGUGACACCUUAGUUUUAGAGACAUGGAGUCUGAGCCUGAGUACAGCAGACUUCAUUUCUGAUACUCCCUAUGUAGCUUAUACAAGUUUAGCAAGUGUUUACUGUCGAAUGACUCUUCUUUUAAAAUCAAUUAUUUCAGUCACAAGAAUUACUCCUGCAUUUAAAUUAUCUACUUGUCAGAGUGCUGAUACAUAUGUGAUAUUAUUUCGAAUAUAUCCUGGUGAACCACAGGUGCAUGAACUUGGUGAAUAUUAUUUGAACAGUAAAAUUGGACAGGUGCUAACUCCUGUUGGUACCUUAAAGGUGUCAAUAUCUUAUCGUUCAAAAGAUAACUUAACAAUUACUCCUCAGAAAGUUGAAAAAGGAAAUCCUUUCAUGUUAAAAAGUGAUUACUUCAAACCAGAUUUGCAUCCUAAAAUAUCAAGCUCAGAUGAGUACAAAUCAGAAGAUAAAUCUGUAUACCGAAAUGCCUGUGGUGAUUUUCAAAAGAUAGGUGCAUUUGCGCUUCCUAAUAAUUUACAAGAUAUAUUGUUUCCAGAAUUAGAUAUGCUAGAAAAACCAUUCUUGAACUUAUCUCGUAGUAGAUUGCACCAUAUGACAAAAUUAAAAGAUGAAGAUUCCAAUAAAAAUGCUGAUAAAAAUGCCAAUAUGAAUAAUAUUGACAAUACUGAAAAUUCUGGAGUGGAUUAUAACUGCAAUGCUAAUGAAGAAUGCUGCCAAAAACCAACUUUCAAUGAAUUGUUUGAUUCAGAUGAUAUCUUCUUGAUGGAAACGAAGCCCCCUUUUGCCGAUUGUGAUGGAGAAAAUGACAUUGGUGCUUUCUUCCGUGAAUGCCAGAGUGCUCCUCCGCUUGCUUCAUUUUCUAUCCAGCCUACUUUAGAAGAGCAAGUAACUGAUAUUACAACCCAACUGGUGAAAUUUGAAACUAGUAUGAAUGAAUUUGAUAGCUUUGUUGAUUCUAUUUGUCACUUAGAUGUUGGUAAAUAAAAGCUGAUUAGCAUUG